GUCUAUAUUUUCACGCCUUAGAGAUUGGUUUCUUAUGAGACCGUACAUCUAGAAUAUUUAGAUCUAGAUUCUAGAUCUAUUACCCAGCGAAAGAACAAGUAAAAAGACAUCUGGCCUAAUAAUUACUGAUUAGAGAGCGCUGUACCAUGCUUUGGCUGCCCGUAUUCAGUUCUUUCGUGAUUUUAAUUGUUCUGCCAUUCUAUGAGACAAAAUUAAUUUUGAAAUUUGCUGGGGAUUUAUUCGACCAAGUAAUUUGGGGAAUAUACCUUUGUGUUUUAUUAAUUUGGAUACACGCUGCGCUGUUGGCAACGAUCAUUCGCGCCAUUAUGAGGCGUGCAAACUACUUGAACAGAGAGUAUACACAAGCUGAAGUUAAAGAAUUGCGCGAGGAAGCGAAAAAGUUUGGAUAUGUGAAUAGGAGAAUGGAUUGUGCGAUAUCGACAGUGAGGCCUGUUAUCAAUAUUCAAACCGCUAAGCCUGACACGAACUUCAAGAAUAAUCCAACCCUUAAUCUGGAUGAUGUCGCCAGACGUUGUGGCUUGAAAUUGUUGUACAAGGAAUGUUUAUAUUUGAUGGAACAUCCACUUAAAUGUGAGGUGGAUUGGGUGGAGCUGACCUUUGAACACAGGGUCACCAAGUUUUUUCCAAAGGUGAAGGACGGAAAUGUGAUUGCUACCCCCCGGGGAGAAAUACAAACCGGAACAAAAUGGGUAAAGCUGCUAUCGAGUUACUUCAAUAAUGAAUCCGAAUUCAAACAAACCUGUCAUUUUAGAGGAUCACGUGACACGACAACAUGGGUGGACGUGGACCUGGAACAGUAUUACACGGUCAACAAACAGGUGUGUAUCGAAGUAAAACUUCCGCAAAUCCCUCAUUUUCCGAUGGACAAAGUCAUAACACUCAGCCUCAAUAAGCUUAAAGGCCGAGUUUUCGAAGAGAUUCAAAUGCGGCAAGUAAACAUGCAGGUUGAAGUUGAGCCAUCGUCUCGAGCCCAUGCUCAGCUGUUAGCGAGACAAGAGUGCUCUGUGUUUGAGUUUGAGAUUCGAACCACUUUGUCGAGUCCUAAAGGAAAUGUUCACGUUAAAUUUCCUUUGGAAGCCAUCAUGUAUGCUUUGGGUAUUAAAGACUUACAUAAAGGUUUCCAGCUUUUCGAAGACGGAGGUGUUCUCAAACCAGAAGAAAAAGCUUGUGUGGAGUUGGUGGAGGAGAAGUGGCUGGACAAAGAUGGCGUGGAGCGCUCGACCACCUACCCCCAGAUCAUCACCCGGGGCACCUGUGUCUGUCUCAGCUGGACUGACCAGAAAGUGGACAUCAAGACCAGUCCAUUGUCAAUGGACGAGUCCACUUGUGAUGGGGACCACAACAUGAACAAGACGCCCGUCUGUUACACCGAAGAAGACCCAGGCGUCGACUCCUUUGUUGUCGUCGAUUAGCCAGAUAUUUUAUCAUUGCUCUAAUUGGUGCAACAUUUUUAACAAGAGCCAUAUUUAUUUACGUAAUUAGGCAAGUCUAUUUAUGAAAGAUUUUUUUCUUAAAUCUAGUUUCAACUGUUUUAAAUGUCAUAAAUGCUUUUAAAACAUUAGCAUAAUCAAAAACAUUGCAUUGUAUGCAUACUAUUUUCUAAUAUUUAAUUUCUUUUUACAAAAAAAUGUAUAACAUCAACAGUUGGAUUGUAUCAGUAGUUUAGAAAUAAAAAAAACUUCAUUAAU